AUGACUUCAUCAAUCGAAACAUUAUCAAUUGAAUUAAUUUAUCGAAUUUUGUCUUAUAUUGAUGAUGUGACAAUUGUUUUAUCUUGUCGAAAUGUUUGUCAAAGAUUAAAUUCAAUUAUUGAAACAUAUGAAAGAUAUCAAAAAAUGAAUUUAAUUCAUUUAAGAUCGAAUCGAAUUUCAUCAAAUUGUCUUCUUUGUUUGGGAAAUAUUUUACGAAGAAAUCAAGUUUUAAAAAUAUUGAAAAUUGAUUGUGUUCAAUUGAAUACACAAGCUGACCAAGAUUUAUCCGAGGAAUUAUUAAAAAAUCAAACUUUAACAACACUUUAUCUUUGUUGGAAUCGAAUAAGUUCUCAAGGAAUUCAAAGUUUAGCUAAUGUUAUCUUACAUAAUCAAACACUGAUCGAACUUCAUAUCGAAGGAAAUCAUCUCGAUUCUGAAGGAAUUAAACAUUUAAGUUAUUCUCUUCAAUUUAAUCAAGUAAAUCAAUCAACUAAUUCAAUAUUGNCGCUGAGAAUUGUGAAUAAUCACAAGGAUCUGAAAUAUUUAUUAAAUUGUUGUUCGAAUUAUUUUUUGUUGAUGUCCAUAACAUUCCAGCAAUACCAGCCAUUUGUAAAUGAAAUGUUUUCGCUGGAUCUGCUACACUAUAACCAAUACAAAAACCAAUAUCAAUUUUUGGAUCAUAUAAUGCAAAGAACCACCAUUCUCGAUAUAAAACUGAAAUUAAUGGAUCUUUUUUAUGAAGAUAUCGAUAACCAUCACUUUCCAUAUUAA